AUGGAUGCAGAAAAAAGAAAGCGCGACGAUGGAGUUGACAGGAAGAGAGCGAAACCGGCGGAAGAUAAAGGCACGGUGGUGACGGAGGAGGAGGUGGAGGAGUUCUUUACUAUACUCAGGAGGAUACACGUAGCAGCCAGGCAGUUCGGGAAACGGGAGGGAGAACCUGGCCGUAAGUUGACGACGUCCAAAAAAAUGAGGCUCUCUUUCGAAGCGCGAGACUUCGAGGAGGAAGAGAAAAAGCCGAAGGCGGAUUCAGGUUUGGAUCUCAAUUCGGAUCCUGCAUCGGAAGAAAGCUAA